UGCUUGCAUAAAUCAUGCGUGGCCCGAGCAGCGAGUGCGCGGAACUUGCCUGGCGAGGGAAACCCAUGUCUCACGUGCCCGAAACUUCAGAGUGCAACUUGCCCUCGAGUAUAAGGUUGUUCGUACGCGAAAAUUCCCCUCCCCCCUCCCUUUCUCACUCUCUAUGCGUAUACAAAGCAGUGUAUCCGGGAGCGAGUGAGUAGACGGUAUGACCACCUGCCAGGCAUGACUCGGGAGAGCAGGGAUGACGAAGCACGCGAGAGGAAGCACGUGUUGCCCAUCGAGAAUUACAUUCCGUUUUUGAUAACAGCGCUCCAGUACGCUCGAAUAUGGCCCGCGCCAUUCUCAGUGUACAAGAUAGCGCUUUUGACAGGAUUAUUAGUUAUUCUUUUUGUAAUAAUACUUGCCAACCUACUGGCGGAAAUCGUACUAAUUAUAAUGGGCACGAAUGUAGAUGAUCUGACUGAUAUAAUUGGAGUGAUCACUGCGCACAUCCAGGGCUUACUGAAAUGGUGGUAUUUCCUAACGAACAAGAAAGAACUCUUCGACAUCAUGAUGAAAUUGAAUAAAUGUCAUGUGUUUUGCCAACGUAUCGACAAGGAAGGCACGUGAAGUUCACUCACUGUUCUGCCGCCGUGACUCAUUCACAUAUUCAUACGUGUGAUUCUAGAUUUAUUAACAUUACAUUAACAUUAACAUUAACGACAAAAUAAACAAUCAACAUUUGUGGAAUCCCUUUGA